AUGUGAAGCUGAAGUAGGGCCCAAGAUAAGACUGCACACAGCACAGCUUUUAUCUGCCUCAAGGCUAGCUUUCUCGAGCUCCUUGGCUACACUGGAAGCAGUUCACCGCCAGAGUUCCAGGCUUAAGAGCAUUUCUAUCUCUUUGUCCUUCUCCAAAUCUUUAGCUAAUCAUCCUUUAGACAGACUCGUUCCCUUCCUGCCUCCUGGCCCUUCUCCCCCACCAGCCUUCUCUACAGCAGGCUCUGCUGUCCGGCUGCCAGCUCCUCGAUCCGGGCAGGCAGACCCGCACCGCUCAGCCCCUUUCGCUUUCGUUUCUCCCUGCGCCACCAGCCCGGGCUCAGCCCAGCCCAGCCCAGCCCAGCCCAGCCCAGCCUGGAUUAAUCUGGCACUCCUCGACACGGCACCAUCUCGGCUCAGCUGGGCUCAAGCAUGCCGCGGUUCAGCGUGGCAGAGGCCAGGCUUUGGGGACAUCAGUUUGUGCAGUUCCUGCAGGACACGGGCCGGGAGCAGGUGAGCCUGCGGGAAACGCUGCGGACCAUCUACAACCAGGAGUUCCGGGGCAGGACGGAUGCAAAGACACCCGGGUUUUCCUGCAUCUUGUACGCACUGAAGACAGACCAUCAGGUUCAGGUGCGAGGGGAGGUGGUGAAAUUCAAGGUGAAGAGGCGUGUGGUGGUGGCAGACCAGUACCGGAGACCCAGAAGGAAUGCACAGACAUCCAUGUCCAAGUCUGCCUCAGGACAGCAGCUCAGCUCCACUCCACAAAUGCCCCCGAUCUAUGGCAAGCAGGCUGAGCUCAUUCGUGGGAAGCACGGCGUAGACAUCGCCUCAGACUAUGACCAGGGCAAUGGGAAUAUUCGCUUCCCAGUGGUGCCGGGUGAGCCCCGGACAGUCACUGUCCUGGUGCACAACUGUGGGACAGAGGUGGUGACACUGCAGCGCUUCCAGUCACGCCAGCAGUCCCAGGAGCUCUCCUUCACCGACGAGCAAGGGGCAGUGCAGGGCCAGUCCCUGCUCUUACACCCAGGUGCCACAUACCCCAUCCAGGUGCGGUGCCUCACCACCUGCAAUGGGCACUUCAACGCUGUGGUGUUCUUCGAGUUCACCAAGGAGCCAGACCAGCCCUUCAGCAUCUCACGCUACAUUGCUGCCAUCGCCGAGAGCCAGCUAGCCAAGGAGCUGGGACCCUCGGCAGCUUUCCAGCCUUACGAGGCCAGCCUCCAGCGCCUUGUCACAGUCAUCACUGAGGAUGGCAUCCCCCCCGACAGCUCCCUGAAAAACAAACUGGAGAGGGAAAUCCCUCUGGGUACCUACCAGUACCCAAAGAGCCUCAAGGACACGAUUCUGCUUGGACCCAACACCAGUGCCAGCUCCAGCUGGGCUGCCAUGCGCUUGCUGCUGGAAGCACCUCUGCAGGCUGAGAACUACCACCAGAAAUUCCAGCUGCUGCUGCACCUGGAGGAGAUCCAGAUGGAGGUGGACAUCCGGCGCUAUGACAUGCAGGAUGUGACCAUGGUGCAGGAGAGGGCUCUGCUGGUUCUCAAUGUGCCUGGCGUGGCUGAGAACCGCCCAUCCCUGCUGAGAGGGGACCACCUCUUUGCCCACCUGAGCAGCGAGCGGGACCACUCCCCACUCAUCCAGUACAAGGGCUACGUGCACAGCGUGGAGCUGGAGAAGGUCAGACUGGGCUUCUCCUCCAAGCUGCAGAAGAAGUUUGUGAACAACCUGAAGUUCGAUGUGACCUUCACCUUCAACCGGCUGCCACUGCAGGUCCAGCAUCGGGCUGCAGUCCUGGCCAUGCGCCGUGGCUUGUUCAGCCUCCUCUUCCCCUCUGCCUCCUGCCACAAGUCCCUGUUCCCAGGCCCCUUCCAGCCCCGGUGGUUUAACCGCAAGCUGGAGACCAACGAGGAGCAGUGCAAAGCCGUGACCCACAUCGUGACAGGGAUGUCCCGGCCAGCCCCAUACCUCAUCUUUGGCCCCCCUGGCACUGGCAAGACGGUCACUGUGGUAGAGGCCAUCAAGCAGGUGUGGACUUGCUUCAAGGACGCCCGUAUCUUGGCCUGUGCCCCCUCCAACAGUGCCACAGACCUGCUGUGCCAGUGCCUCAUCAAGGACAUUGCCCCUGAGAAUGUCUACAGGCUCAUCGCCAGCUCCAGGAGCCCCAGGGAAGUACCCACCGAUAUCAUGCCCUGCUGCAACUGGGAUGAUGAGCAGAGCAGCUACGUGUACCCAAGCAAGGAGAGCCUGAGGCAGUACCGGAUUAUCAUCACCACACUGGUGACAGCAGGAAGGUCAGAGGAGCUGGGAUUGUCCCCAGCAUCUGUGGCAGGUGGACCCAGGGCUGCCUUGCAGCCAGGCUGUGAAGACAGUCCCUCUGGGAUUCAGCAGGGAGGGGUUGGACGAGGGCAGGCAACAGGGGGUGAAAUCCCUCCUCCGUGGGAGAAUGAGGAUGAAGGGUGGGAAAAAAAGGAUGGCCAGGUGGGGCAGGAUGCUGAGACACCCUCAUUCCAUCUCUCCUCCAGGCUGGUGUCAGCCAACUUCCCCCCUGGGUUUUUCUCCCACGUCUUCAUUGAUGAGUGUGGCCACGCGGUAGAGCCGGAGAGCCUGGUUGCCAUUGCGGGACUCCUGGCUCCCAUGGAUCAGGAGACCAACCCCAAUGGGGGGCAGCUGGUGCUGGCAGGAGACCCCAAGCAGCUGGGCCCUGUCCUGACCUCACCACUGGCUAUCCAGCAUGGUUUGGGCACCUCACUGCUGGAGAGGCUGAUGCUGCACAAUCCCCUGUACAAGAAGUCGAGUGGAGGAUACAAUCCACAGUUCAUCACUAAGCUGCUCUGGAACUACAGGUCCCACGAGGCCAUUCUCAGGAUCCCAAACGAGCUCUUCUAUGAGAACGAGCUGAAGGUGUGCAAGAGUGACAGGCUUGACAUCCAGAAUCUGUUUUGUACCUGGGAGGAGCUUCCCAAAAAAGGCUUCCCCAUCAUCUUCCAUGGGGUUUGCGGGGAAGACCAGAGAGAGGCCAAAAGCCCCUCAUUCUUCAACACGGCUGAAAUUGAGGUCCUGGUCCACUACCUCAAGAAGCUGCUGCAGAGCCAGGGCAAGGGAAGCUGCCCGUCCGUGUCCCCCCAGGAGAUUGGCAUCAUUUCUCCCUACAGGAAGCAGGUAGAGAAGAUCCGGAAAGCCAUCACAUCCCUGGAUCCCGAUCUGCAGAAGCUGCCGGACAUCAGGCAGUUGAAGGUGGGCUCUGUGGAAGAGUUCCAGGGCCAGGAGCGGCACGUGAUCCUCAUCUCCACCGUGCGCAGCUGCAGCACGUACCUCCAGUUCGACCAGACCUUCAGGCUGGGCUUCCUCAAGAACCCCAAGAGGCUUAAUGUGGCCAUCACCAGGGCCAAGGCUCUGCUGAUCGUGGUGGGUAAUCCGAUCGUGCUCAGCAAGGACCCCCACUGGCACAGGUUCCUCAGCUACUGCAAGGCAGAGGGCGGCUACACAGGAUACCCCUACGAGCCUGAGAGCACAGCUGAGGACAGAAUCGCCGACAACCUGCACAUGCUGCAGCUCAGUGCUUAGUCACCAGGGCUUGCAUGUCUCCAUCUUGAAGUCAGGGGCCAGCUCUGCCAUGAGGUUUCUCUGCAGAAAACGCACUGGUGAAAGGAGGAGAAGCCCCAUGAAGCUCCAUCCCCCUCAGCCUGUCCCUGGCCUGCAGCAGCUCCUGCUCUUUCUGUCUCAGUCUCAGGGUGCUCCAUGCACCCCUGAGGAGAUGGGACUGAACCCUCCGGACCAGAAGGUGUUGCCAGGCUUUGCUGCCAGCCACGAAGCCCACACCAGCAUCAGACUGGGACAAGUCUCUAUUUUAAUCAUGUUUGUGGCAGAACAAUUCUCUGUGACUACUCUCACCAUUCAGUGAAAGGCUUAAGCCUGGAGACUCUGGCCUCCAAAGAGCAUCACUGGGUACACAGCUGCUGUGAUGGGUGACUGGGGAAGGCAGGGACCUGGCCUGGGACAGGCUGGCUCAGCUCUCCACUGGGCCUGGCCUUAGGCUGUGCAGGCACUCUGUUUCCCUGGAAUAAAUGUUUAGAGAAAAACAGUGUAUUGUUGAGUCCUAGGUGAGCCUUGCUUACACAGACAGGGCUUCGGAGCAGCAUCAGGCUCACUGCAGCCCUGCCCUGCUCCAGCUGCAGGAUGGCUCCAGCAGUGCUGGCAUUGCCCAUCAGCAGGGUCUGGGUACAGCUGGGAAGCUCCUGCCUGGCCCUUCCCAUGUAAACUGCAUCCUGGCUCUUUGGCAAGCACAGG